AACGCCCAGAACUUUGGAUUCGUGCGAACGGCUCCGUUCCUGUGCGUUCCUGGUUCAUUCGCUUCCUUCGCAACUUCUUCCCGCGUGACAUCGCUGGCCACUCCAUGCGUUCCGGUGGUGCCACCUUUCUCGCCGAACAGGGAACACCACCUUCUCUCAUUCAAGCUGCAGGGCGAUGGACAUCUGAUGCAUGGCAAGCCUACAUCCGCAAGCACCCCCUCCUCCUCAAUGUUUUCCUCUUCGCCAAUCGGCUCCUUGCGCGACCACCCAUUGCCACAACAACCCCAAACACUGCGACGGCACAGUUGGCCGUUGUGGUACCUUCCACAUACAAAAACGAAGACCUACAAAGUAUGUUACUUUUACUCUUCAAAGGAUACAGAUCACUUGCAAGUAUUCCCUUGGAACUUGCUCAUUCACGUCUCAAGGGAACAAAGUCUUCAGCGAUGACUCGAUUGAUUCAUUGAAUGCUGGAUUUGGGCGAUAUCACUACUAUGUAGCAGUGAGGUAUCGAUGCCUCACGCCAGGUUACGCGGAUACGUCACAAACCCAACCCGCCGCGCUUCACAUUUCAAAAAAUUUCAGAAGUGAAU